AAAGGGUUCUUUGUUCCUGGUGUCGGAGUGGAGCUAACAUGACGCAGUAGGACUAACAGCAAAGGACGGCGCCCUGGAAUCCACGGACAGGCUAAAGGCUCCGCACCACCUGAAAGGGACAAGACCCGUGUACCCACAGUUCUGGGUUUCCUGAAUUCGACCGCUGCCUUGCUCUCUGCCUUAAAGACCCCAACUCUCCUGCAAUGGACUUGGUGAAUGGACAAAGGUUGCUGAUCUAAGAGUCUGAAGUAUAUAAAGGAUCGGAUUUACUUUGUUCCAUUUUAAGGGGAUUUUCGUCUCAUCAGGACAAGAUUCUGACCAAGAACGUCAAAAUUUAUGUUGCCAAGGAACAUUACAUCUACUGGGUAUAACUUACACUCUGGGAGGACAAGUUUUAUCAGGCAAGUGGCUUCAGAAAGCAUCGCGUCAAAACUUCCCACAAUGUCUGAUGCCCAAGGAGGAACAAAGAAAAUCGGAAGAAAGAAAGAAAAAAACAAAGAUGUAUUAAUACCUUUAAAUGAAACCCCAGGUCCUUCUGCAACAUCACUGAGCUCUCCUUCUGCCUCCAACCUACAAGUUCAGAGCAAUCCGCAAAUUUCCACGUGGAUCAAGAACAACAUAACAAAAAAGGAAUGGUGCAGUAAUAAGGAAGGAUGUUGUAGUGGAUACUCGGAGCUUGACUCCACUGAUAAAGUCAGCAAGCCAGAGGACUUCAAAAAGCGUACCUGUAACGAAGACAAACAUGUCCACGAGGUGUCAACAGAUGCUUUUGGAGUCAUCAAAUUUGGUGGUCAAAAGAGUAGCAAGUAUGUACGAGUAUUCACAGACACCAAACCUGAAGUGCUCUACGAGUUACUGACAAAACAGUGGAAACUUCCACCUCCCAAUCUGGUCAUUUCUGUGACUGGAGGAGCCAAGAACUUCUAUUUGAAGUCCCACCUAAAGAAGGUUUUUCACAGAGGACUUAUCAAAGUUGCUCAGACUACAGGUGCGUGGAUCAUCACCGGCGGUACCAACGCUGGUGUGAUGAUGUAUGUGGGACAGGCUGUGAGGGACUGUGCCCUGAAUAACACUAUGAAGCGGAAAAUAGUGGCUAUUGGAGUGGCACCAUGGCGAGUAAUUCACAACAAGGAUAAAUUAGUAAAUGAAGAAGGUUGCUUCCCGGCUCAAUAUGUGAUUGACACACAAGGUCAGGGUAAUAUGGCCUGUCUUGAUAACAAUCAUUCCCACUUCCUGCUGGUUGAUGAUGGGACCAGUGACAAAGACGCCUAUGGUGCAGAGAUCCCGCUGCGCACGGAACUAGAGCAAUACAUCUCAGACCAAGCUCUUGGAACUGAAGCGACUACAAUAAAAACCCUAGUGGUUUGUGUGGUGUUGGACGGAGGAGGAGGUACGCUCAAAACCAUCUACAAUGCCAUUGAAAAAGGCACACCGUGCGUGAUCCUGCAGGGCUCUGGGAGGAUAGCAGAUGUUAUCGCUCAAGUGUCUGGACUCCCAAUCAAUAGUAUCACCACCACUCUCAUCAAGGAGCUGACUAAGAAGUAUUUUGGAGAAGAGUACAAACACAUCAAAGACGACCAGAUCGAAGCAUGGAAAAAUAUGAUUCAGAAGAUAGUCGAGAAGUCUGAUUUACUGACAAUAUUCAGAGCAAAUAAAGAUGAUCAGGGGGUUUUGGAUGUGGCAAUCCUUGAUGCUCUUUUGAAAGCUUUCAAGACUGCUGAAUCACAAGAAGAUAAGUCCUGGAAGAAGCAUCUGGAGCUGGCUAUCACCUGGAACAGAGUCGAUUCAGCUGAGACUAAGAUUUUCACUGAGGAAAGGAUGUGGAAGUCCAGUGACCUCCACGAUUUCAUGCGUUUAGCCCUGGUUUGCAAUAAGCCUGAUUUUGUCAGUCUGCUCCUGGAGAACGGUUUGUGUCUGGAGGACUUUCUGCAAGACAACACCCUCUGUGAUCUCUACAAAAACUUGCCCAACUGUUUUUUUUUGUACAAGCUGGUCAAGAAGAUAAAAUUUACCAGCAGCAGCAGGACCAGGAGGAAGGCACUGGACAUGAAUGGUCUUGAUCAAGCACGAAAAGAAGUCUCCCUGGAACACGUCUCUAAUGAAGUGCGCCACCUGCUGGGAAAAUUCACAAAGCACAUCUAUCCAUCUUCCAAGAGUGGAGGACGUAAUACGUGCAGAGAGGACAUGCCAUAUAAUAGCCCGCCAUUAAGAGAAACAUGGACGCCAAGAGAGUUGGUUCAGCAUGUGGUCCAGGUGCCACACAUGGAAAAUAAACCUGAAACUCAGAGGGACGAUGAAGCCGAGAGGGAAGAUGAAGCCAAGAGGGAAGAUGAAGCCAAGAGGCUUGCAGGCAGAGACCUUUUCCUUUGGGCAGUUGUCCAGAACAACAAGGAGCUUUCUAAAAUCGCCUGGGAUCAGUGUGGAGACUGCAUAUCUGCUGCUCUGGCUGCCAGUAAGAUCCUGAAGAAAAUGGCUGAGGAGUCAAUUGAUGCAGACGAGCCUCAGGAAAUGCUGGAGCUCGCCAGUCACUUUGAAGAUCGUGCGAUUGGUGUGUUCAGCAAUUGCUACAAGAAUGAUGAGGAGCGAGCCCAGAAGCUGCUGGUUCGAAUCUCACGCCUUUGGGGCAAGACGACGUGCCUGAGGCUGGCACUGGAGGCCGAUAAUAAAAAAUUUGUGGCUGAGUUAGGUGUUCAGGAUCUUCUUACUCAGAUCUGGUGUGGUGAGCUUUCAGUCAACAAUGCUGUGUGGAGGGUGCUGGUCUGCAUGGUCUUCUUCCCUCUGAUCUACACCAAGUUUCUGGCGUUCAGAUGCGAUGAAGACCUCCAGAGAGAAAUCGAGCAGAAAGAGGACAUAAAAAUGAGUGUGGAGGAAGAGAAAAACAGCACUUGGAACAAUAAUUCGGAUUGCUCUAAGCAGAGUGUGGAAUAUCCGAACUGCUGGUCCAGACUGCUUGGACUGUACUGCGCUCCUCAGGUCAAGUUUUAUGGAAACAUCGUCUCGUACUUCGCCUUCCUGUUCCUGUUUGCUUACGUCCUGAUGGUCGACUUCCAGAGAACUCCAUCUAUAGCAGAGCUGGUGCUCUACUUCUGGUUGUUCACUCUGGUUUGUGAGGAGAUCAGACAGCUGUUUUAUGAUCCUGAUCAUUUUGGGUUUUGUGAGAAAGCCAAGGUGUACAUUCAAGAGCUGUGGAACAUUUUGGACGUCAUCUCCAUCCUGCUGUUCUGUCUAGGACUUGCAUUCAGGCUGACAACCAAGUUGCUCUACCCAGGUAAAAUCAUCCUGUGCAUCGACUUUGUGGUCUUCUGCCUCCGCCUCAUGGCGAUCUUCACCAUCAAUCGCACGCUGGGACCUAAAAUCAUCAUAGUUAGGAAGAUGAUGAGGGAUUUGUUCUUCUUCAUGUUUCUCCUGAGCAUCUGGGUCGUGGCGUACGGUGUGGCCAAACAAGGCAUCCUCAUCGAAAAUGACAAUCGACUGGACUGGAUCAUUGUUUUUGUAUUCAUGGUAAAUCAAGCUCAUCUGCAGUGA